UCAGGCAGCAGUUGACAAGUGGACCUCUGGCUUGCACACCUUCCCAAGAUCAUAACUUUAAAGAGAGGAGCGGUGACACUCGUGACAGCUUUUUAAGUUUCGAACAACGCGUUAAUCUGUUUGUGAGGUGGGCCAGAUGGAGAAAUCUAAAAACUUUUGCAUCGACGCGCUUCUGGCUGUUGACCGACCAAAAGUGCAGACCUCGCCGUUGGCGCUGGUCACUUCAAUGCCCCCCUCUUCCGAGAGUGUCCAGGCAUCGGAGUUGAACACAAACUCCGAAGCCCUGCGGACUGAGACACCGUCGCCCCCCAGGAUAUCAUCAUGCGGCUUGAUUCCUAAACCGGGUUUCUUGAACUCUCCACACUCAGGCUUGGUCGGACUACACCCUCAGAGCAGCACCGGGAUUCCUCCUCAGACUUUAUAUGGCCAUCCAAUGUACACUUAUUCAGCCGCAGCACUGGGUCAGCACCCUGCCCUGUCUUAUUCCUAUCCGCACGGGUCACAUCACCAUCACCCAAAUGACCCGCUUAAACUCACCGCCAGCUCCUUUCAGCUCGAUCACUGGCUAAGAGUCUCAACUGCGGGAAUGAUGCUACCAAAAAUGGGAGAUUUUGGUGGCCAGGCACAGUCAAAUUUACUGGGAAAGUGCAGAAGACCAAGAACGGCGUUCACAAGCCAACAGCUCCUUGAACUUGAGCAUCAGUUUAAAUUAAAUAAAUAUCUAUCCAGACCCAAACGCUUUGAAGUGGCCACAUCAUUAAUGUUAACAGAAACACAGGUGAAAAUCUGGUUUCAGAACAGGCGUAUGAAAUGGAAGCGUAGUAAAAAGGCAAAAGAACAAGCCGCUCAGGAGGCCGAGAAACAGAAAGGUAAAGGAAAUCAGGACAAAAUGGAUGGACUGGAGCAGAAGGAUUAUCAGAAGUCAGACACGGGCAAAAGCAACAGAAUACGGGACUUUAGAGACAGUGACGACGACGACGAAGGAGAUAAUUACAUGUUGCAUUCAUCCGACUGUUCCUCCGACGAUGAACGAACCAAUACCAGUGAUUUGAGUCCACAACCAUGAGACGUGUCGUUUACAUAAAAGACUUAGGCCUAUAGGCUAUGCGAAGUUUGUGAUUUGCAUGUUUUAUCAUCCUGCGGUCAUUAGGAAAAUCAGAUAAGGGUUUAGGCGUGCAGAGGUGGACGCACAUCCAAACAUUGACUGGAUUCCUCUUCUGAAGAUAGUCUGAUGUUGGUUGCAGAGCAUGUGAUAAAAUUGCAUUACAUCAGGCAAAAUAGAUAAGAAUCACUAUCAGUAAUAAAUAACAUCAGUAAGAUGUUUCUCUUCGAUAACCACUGCGUGUUACAGUUUUUCUUAACCUAAGUGAAAAUCUGGUGUUGUUUCGCCACUCAUUUACGACCAGAACCGUAUUAUUUUUGUAUGAUGUAUUUAUAACGAAAUUGCUUUAAAAAUGCAUGUAAAUUAUUAUUUAGGUGUAUCAUUUAAGCGCUGUGAAUAAAAUUAUUUUUGUUUCUAA